UUUUGAGUUAUUUUUGUAAGUAGGCAUCGAGAAGAAAAAAUUCCAAUUAUACCGACUCUGCUCCGCUGCCUCUCUCCGCUAAGACGACGACGACACAUCGGAAAGCAGUCGACAGCGGCAAGCAAAUACUCAAUCGCCGUCUUCCUCCCUUCGAGUUACAGAAACGCUCCGGUAGCUGAAAAUUUUCGAAAUUAAACCCUAAAUUCUUUAACUCCAGAGUUUCAUUACCAGAAUUGCGGUGUUUCAAUUCCCAUAAAUAUACCAAACGUUUUCAAACUCAAUUCUUCUUCCCCUAUAUCUAACCUCCGUACUCCCCAAUUUUCUGUCAGAAACCAAAAAAAGAUCCCCUAAUUCAACCCUUCUCUGAACCUUUACACUCAAAAUUUCCACUAACAAUGGCGGCGAAAUCACUAAAAACAUCUACUAUGAAGCUAAUCCUCGUAUUCCUAUGCUGUACAGCCAUUUUCACACUACCAGCGGAGGCCAUGAAGGCAGCAGUGGCGCCAACUCAACCUGAUCCAUUCCUAACAGAGGAUAUCUCUUUUUUCCCCUGCUUUUCGUUUGUUCCAGAGGCGACGAAAUGUAUGAUCGAUGUGUUUAAACACCCAAUUGCUCCUCAUCCCACUUGUUGCAAGGCCAUUUCUAAGCUCAAAAGUUGUUCCUCCUCGUUUUUUAAUGGAAUUCCUUCUGCUGAUAUGAUUCUGAUUAAGAGUGUUUGUACUUCGUGGGGAGCUUCAAUUUCUUAGAAUAAUAAGAAAUAUAUGAUAAUAAGAUCUGUUCUAGAAUGGGUUUUCGUUUAAUUGUUGAUUGAAAAGUCUAAUUCAACUUCCUCGUUUUUCUUGUAGUUUUUAAUAUUAUAUUAUAAUUUUAUAAGGCUCCGAUUCAACACUCUGUAUUUCUCGAUAUUGCUGCCGAUAACUUCAACUUUGAUUCUAAACCCAUUUCUUUUCCUUUUUUUUUUCUCUUUGAAAAGGAUUCUAAGCCCAUUUCAUGCACUCUGUUUUGCGAUCGGAACUACAGAACGCCGUCGUUUCCAACCUACCAGCCAUGGCCAGUACUAACCCUUCCGGCACGGUUCAAGAUGUAGCUUCUAAAGGGGAAGUCCCUGAAAGAUACAUCCAUAAAGAAAGCGAUCGAGGAGCUCGAAAUGCUCCGUUAAUGGCAGCUCCUGUAAUCGACAUCGCUCUCCUCUCCUCUUCAUCCAAAUCCGGACCGGAACUGGAGAAACUCCGACAUGGACUUCAAUCAUGGGGCUGCUUUCAGGCUAUAAAUCAUGGAAUGACAAGUGAAUAUCUUGAUGAAGUUCGUCAAUUAACGAAACAAUUCUUUGGUCUUUCAAUGGAAGAGAAAUUAAAACACUUAAAAGAAGAACAUGAAAUGGAAGGAUAUGGGAACGACAUGAUUCUCUCAAACCAACAAAUUCUUGAUUGGACUGAUCGUUUAUACCUUACUGUAUAUCCGCACCAAAGCCGUCGUUUCAAGUAUUGGCCAACAAAUCCUCAAAGAUUUAGGGAAGUUGUUGGUGAGUACACUACUAAUGUGAAGCUGAUAAGUGAGAAAAUCCUCAAGGCCAUGGCAAGGUCAUUGGAUUUAGAUGAGAGUAGUUUUCUUAGCCAAUACGGCGAGCAAGUUAAACUUGACGCACGGUUCAACUUCUACCCUCGAUGUCGAAAUCCCGAUCUUGUUCUCGGUGUUAAGCCACACGCUGAUGGAUCAGCCAUAACCAUUUUGUUGCAGGAUAAGAAAGUAGAAGGUCUUCAGUUCAUGAAAGACAAUGAGUGGUACAAUGCUCCGAUUGUUACGGACGCUCUUCUCGUCAAUGUGGGGGAUCAAGUAGAGAUCACAAGUAAUGGGAUAUUCAAGAGUCCAGUUCAUAGAGUAUUGACAAACUCAGAGAGGGAGAGGAUAUCCUUGGCAGUGUUUUACCUUCCAGAUUCAGAAAAAGAAAUUGAACCGUUAGAGGAGCUGAUUAAUGAAAGUCAGCCAAGGUUGUACAAGAGUGUGAAGAACUUUGUUGGGCUUUACUUUGAGUACUACCAACAGGGAGAGAGACCAAUGGAGGCUGCAAGAAUCUAAAUUUGUUCUAUGGUGUUUCAGCUCUACCCUCUAUCUCAGUUUUUGAGUAAUGCAUGGGAGGGUAGACUCGAAGUUGGAGGUUGAUAGUUUGAACUUGAAAAUAUUUUUAAGAAUUUGGUGUAGUGUAAUAAUUAAUAAUAGAUUGAGGUUGAUUAAUUAAUUUUUGAUUUUGAUUUUGAUUAAUCCGGCAUGGGGCUUUCUCCAGACUGAAUUGAUUGAAGUUUGAAGGGUUUUCUUUUCUUUUCUUGGAAAAAAGUUAUAUUAUAAACUUGAAUUUAAUUUCUCUAAAUUUGGUUGAGUCCUAAAUCUAGUUUGGUCGUUCAAUUUAAGGUUUUGCUUUGUUUCUCCACAUGGUGUAGAGUUUCUAUUGGGGCACUCAAGAGGGUUUCUUCUCCUUCGGACCAUUUAUUUUAGUUGUGUGCUAAUUAAUUUAUAAAACUAAAAGUGAGUUUAGUUUUCUUUCUUAUUUUAUUACAAAUUUGAGAGUACCAAUAAUGGAAGACAAUUCAAAAUGGACCCCUCUAAGAAAAAUAAAUCACUUCCUCCUCAAUAAUGAAUGCUUUGAAUUGAAAAGACAUAAAAGUGUAAUAAAUCAAAAUCAAAAAGGGUAUUUUAGUCUUUUAAAUCUUUAAUAAAAAGAUAAUAUGAAUACAUAAUCAUACCUCUACAUCAUCAUAAACAAAUGGCACAAAAUUCUCAGAUCCCACAAACACAAACACUCCAACAACAACUUCUCAUCAAUGGCGGCCAUACGCCCGAAAGUUAUAUUUACAAAGGCGGCUACCACGGCGGAGAUUCCAACAAUAAUACUCCACUUCCAUUGGCACAGAUUCCGGUCCUUGACCUUUCUCAACUUUCAUCUGCGUCGGUGGGCGAGGCUCCGCUGAACCACCUCCGGUUGGCUCUUAGUACUUGGGGAUGCUUUCAGGCAACUAAUCACGGUAUUUCAAGUUCAUUUUUGGAGAAAAUGAGAAAAAUAAGUGAGCAAUUUUUCUCAUUGCCCAUUGAAGAGAAGAUGAGAUAUGGAAGAGAAGUGGAUGGAAUGGAAGGAUACGGGAAUGAUUUAAUUUUUUCAAACCAACAAAUUCUAGAUUGGUCCGAUCGUUUAUAUCUCGUGACAAAUCCUAAGGAUGAAAGACGUCUCGAGUUUUGGCCUUUAAAUCCUCCAUCUUUCAGGUCAGUUUAAACUCUAAAUUUCUGUAGAUUUAAAUCAAUUCAACUUUUUUUUAAAAUUAUUUUUCAAAACUAAAAUUAUUUUCCAAAAGUGAAAUUCCUAAUGGAUGAAAAGAUAGAGGACGACAAGUAAAUGAAAAUGGUUCAAAUUUUUAAUAAAAAAAGUUGCUGAUAUCUAUUUUUUAAUUUAUACAAUCAACGAUGAUCCCUUUCAUUUUAAUAUAUGAACUUACCCAUGUGAUGUGAUUCCAUUAACAAUUUUUAGUUCAAAUUCUGCCAUGUGAUUUCUUUAACGAUUUUAGAUUGAGAUCCUGUAAUUCCAUCAAUGAUUUUAAAUUGAGAUUCUACCUGUAAUUCUAUUCAUGAUAUCUAUUUUUUAAUUUAUACAUGUAAUUCUAUUCAUGAAAUAUAUCGGCCCUCAAAACAUUAACCCUAAAACUAUGCAAUAACACAUUAUAUAUCAGCAUGUGAUGGAUAUUUUAAUCCUUUUCAAUAACCCAAAAACAAAUAGAUAGGAAUUAUUAUUGAGUGAUUACCCUUAUUCAAGCAAGGAAGAUCUACAUGAGUAUACAGUAAAAUUAAUGAAAAUAAUCGACACAGUGCUGAUAGCCAUGGCAAGAUCCCUAAACGUGGAGCCCAAUAGCUUUACCGAUCAAGUAGGAAAGCGACCAACUUUAUUCAAAAGGUUCAAUUUCUAUCCGCCGUGUUCGACACCACAUCUUGUUCUUGGACUCAAAGAACACUCCGAUGGCACAGCUAUCACCGUUCUUCUACUCGACAAACAAGUUGAAGGCCUCGAAUUGCGAAAAGAUGAUCAGUGGUAUAGAGUCCCUGUUCCUGCCGUUGCUGAUUCUCUUCUCAUCAUCAUUGGGGAACAAGCCGAAAUCAUGAGUAAUGGAAUCUUCAAGAGCCUUAUUCAUCGGGCGGUGACGAAUUCAGAGAGACAGAGGAUUUCAGUGGUGUCUUUCUGCUGCCCAGAAAAAGAUAUAGAGAUCAAGCCAAUCGAGGGGCUGAUCGACGAGAAGAGACCGAGAUUGUUCAGAAGUACGAAGAACUAUUUGCAAACAUAUUUCCAGAACUACCAAAAGGGAGAGAGAUCAGUAGAUGGAUUGAGGAUUUAGAGUGCCCAUGUUGUUGUGUGUUUCAUGGUGUUUGUAAGAAGGAACAUAUAACUUAUUUCAUGGUGAUUCUUGAGCUUUUACUACCACAUUAGAAUAAAAGUAUGAAACUGAAAA